UGACAAUCAAGAUUGCAUUGGAUGAGCUCACUGAAAAACGCCAUAUUUGUUAGUUGCUAUAAGGUCGUCGCGUCACCUGCGACGGAAAGUCAAGUUAAUUGUAAUCGUCGUUCUCGACGACCGGGAGGGUCUCUCCCCCAUUAAUUGUUUAAAAUUUCAUUAACUCACUUCUAAAAUUGACCAGUUCUUAAAUAAACCUAGCACUUUAUUUUUCAUUUUGUGUGCUGAAGCCAUGGAUUGUUGAAAAUGUUGGGAUCGAAGCAAUUCGCCAUUUCUCUCUCCGGAGAAAAAAUCUCCUUUUGUGAUACUGUAGAUGUUAGAGGAUCUUACUAUGGACAAGAAACCUUCAGUUCGUUCAGGACAGGGCCCUGCUAAAGGAAACUGCACUGAAUCCAAAAAGACCCAAGAUACCACAAAUGGCAAACAGUUUCCUAAGAGUGGCCGCAAAAGAGAAACUGCAAGUUCAAAUGGAGCGAAAUAUGAUCAAAAUCGAAAACCAAUCCCACAGAAAAGCAAGGCUCUCGACAAGAGACCAAAACCAAGGGGUCUUUAUUAUGGUGGUGGAAAGGAGAAUUCCCAGAUAAAGGAUGAAGAAUUUGAAGCUGAGUUUGGUUCAAUUUUUGCUAUAGGGAGUAAAAAACAAAGUUUAAAUCACUUGUUGAACUUCCAUUAUGAGCCCAGAGGAGAGAAUAUGCCCAAGAGGGCUCAGCAGACGCAGCAUGGGUGCUCUACAAAAUCACUCAUGGCAACUCAAGCGCACAAAUAUAACAAAGAGCAGUUUCUCCAAGCGAAUUGCCAAUUUGUAGUCCGGGAAGGAGGGGACUACGGCUGUUACCUAGGAGAUCCUGAUAAAUUAGUAGACUGGGACUUUGUGGAAUUAAUUGUAAUUGGAAAUGUUGAAAAAGUGGUCUGUCCGAUCUGCCUCUAUGCGCCUGUAGCCGGUAAAAUAACUCGAUGUGGCCAUGUAUAUUGUUGGUCUUGCAUUCUCCACUACCUGGCUCUAUCAGACAAGUCAUGGAGGAAGUGUCCUAUCUGUUAUGAGGCAAUCCAUAAGAAAGACUUAAAGAGUGUUGAGUGCAUAGAGAAGAAACCGUUUUCAGUUGGUGACCCUAUCACACUAAAGCUUAUGAAAAGGGAGAAACGUACACUGGUGGCUACGCCUGUAGAACAGUUUAAUCUUAGAGCUUCAAAACCUAUUCUGAGUUAUGGUGAUAAACAACUAGAAACUGUUUACUCCAAGCUCUUGACAGCCUCAAAGCAAACAGUCAUUGAUAUCAUUAAUCAUGAAUAUGCUGAAUUGCAAUCACAAGUAGAAGAAUGCAGAGGGUGCCCAGAGUUAUGUUUUGUUGAACAGGCCUUGGCACUACUGACUGAGCGCAAGAGCAGUGUUAUGGAUCAGUCAAAAAAUGUUACCGAUACUGCUAUUACAUCUCCAUCAGUUGUCAAUGAAGAAAGAUCUGGUCUCAUUCUGGCUCCAGAGAAGGAUGCCGAAGCCAUUCAAAAUAUUGAUUCCAACACCACUAAUAAGGAACCCAAUGAGAAGUGCGAUGCUGAAAAUGUAGAAAGUAAAUGUCAAAGAAGUGAAAGUGAUAGCACCUGUUCUGAGGGUGAAGAGGCCCCAAACAUUAAUGCCGAAGAUUUAGAAAUCGGUAAUCAAAAUUCUAGCAACAACUUGAAAUACUUCUAUUUUUAUCAAGCAUCUGAUGGCCAACAAAUCUACUUGCACUCCAUCAAUGUUCGGACCUUGGAAGCUUGCUAUGGUUCACUGGAGCAGUGCCCGCAGGAAAUCUCUGGCCGAAUAGUAGAGAAAGAAACUGGAUCCAUGACAUCUCAGCUGAGGAAGAGGCUUCGUUAUUUAGAGCAUGUCCCCCUAACGUGCCAGUUUGAAGUGAUCGAGCUGGAUUUGAGGCCACCGGUCGUAACUCAUGAAGCAUUGGCUUGCUUUCAGGAUCAAAUUGAUGAUAGACGAAGAAGGAGACAGAGGCAGGCUCGGAAAGAAAAGAAGUGGGAGCGAAGAAUAGAGGAGGCUGAAUUGUUGCGUUACCAUCGUCGUCCAACUCCUAAUCUCAGAAUUGAAUCACUAUUUCAUUUCCCACAGUGUGGUUUAGAUGAAGCUAGGUCUGCCGAAAUGAGUCAAAUGCCAAUUCUCCAAUCACCAAGCUCCAGCAGAUCAGUGAGCCCUGUAAAUAUGAUGGCACGAAACAGAUCGCCUUUGUCCUCUGCAGUGGCAGCAUUGUCGUUAGAGGAAGAAAACAAUUCUGGACCAUCUUUUGCUCAGAUGCUGAAGGAUGGUAAAGGCAUGAUCACUCAUGAGGCUUGGCCAUCUAUCGGUGGUAGUACAAGCAACGCUGCUACUGCCAGUGGCUGGCCAAGAAGGCAGCGCCAAGCAAGCGUAACCCAGGACUACAUGGAUUCUGAUAACGAUACGGCUUUCUCCCCUCCGGCUAGGCCUUCAUUCAAUAUUGCAGAGGCUAUUCAAAUGGCUGCCUCCAGGGAGAAAGGUGACAACAACUCUGGUGGUGGCGGUCGCAAGAAGAAGAAAAAGCAGCAGAAAAUCUUAUUCUCAACUGGAUUCCAGAAGGGAAACUAAUGUAGCACAGAAUUCCCCAUCAACUUGAUCAGUAGCAAAAAAAAAAAAAAAAGAGUCCUUAUAUUAUUAAAUAGUUUGGUGUCCACUUUCUUCUAUAUGUUAGCUAUCAGUCACUCUUUUAGAGGAAAAUGUUUUAUUGGAUAAAUAUACUCUCUUACCACAUAUAAUAAUUUAAAGAAAAAAAAAUGUACUAGGUAUUGGUUAUUACUUUUCCGUUGACUGUCUAAACAUUAAUAGUGUUUCUGUUAUUAACUUGAUAUUAAUAAUAUCUUAAGAGAGGGCAGGAAAUGAUUAAAGACGCUCUUUAUCCCUAUGAUAUUAUGUCAUGUAUGAAAGAAAGAGAAAAAAAAAUGAAAAAUGUAAAAAUAAAAAAAAUAUUGGUUAUACUGUUACAAAUCUGUUUAUUUACUUUUAAAUAUUUUUUAUUAUUUAAUGAAAGGUCGUGCUAUGUGUAGUUCCUUUAUGUUUUACUUUGUGAUAAGCAAGCUGAUUUAAAAAAUUUUAGAUAUUUUUUUUUGUUUUCUGAAAAAAAAAUUAAUAAUUAAUUGCUAUUAAUGUACCAUUUGGGAAAUUUCUAUUAGAAUACAGUCCCAAUAAACUCUGCAAGUUAUCUU